AUGGAUAGCCAAACGAUAAAAUGGCUAGUUUUUAACGGAAAAGCUGAAAACUACCCAGCAUGGAGCACAAAGUUCACCAUCGUAAAGUUUAUGAGCAAGAAAUCCCAAGCUUUUGAAAAAUUUAAAGAGUAUGUACUGUAGCUGAAUUUGGAACACCUCAAAGACUGAGAACUGACAAUGGAGCUGAAUACACAUCGAAGCAAUUCAAGGAUUACUGCAGAGACUCAAAAAUAAAGCAAGAAUUUACUGUUCCAGAAACCCCACAACAGAACGGAGUUGCAGAACGCUUCAAUCGAACUGUAGUUGAAAUGGGACGGUCUCUGUUAAUCCAAGCCAAGUUACCAAAGUGCUACUGGGUAAGAGCCUUAUCCAGAGCAGCUCGCAUACGAAAUCUUACAGUAACUGCCAAUAGCAACCAAGGAAAGAGUCCUUUUGAACUCUUUACCGGAAAAACACCAAGGCGCAACCACCUACGAGUUUUUGGCUGCACGGCAUAUGUUAUGAAAAGAAAGAUCAACAUGAAGAAGCUAGAUUCGAGAUCGGUGAAAGCCAAAUUUAUCGGUUAUGAUGACAAAAGCACAGCCUACAUCUUGCAAGAAUUCGACUCGAAAAAGGUCAUCAAAGCACGUAAUGUCAUCUUCAAAGAGAACGAAAUCCAGUCAUUCUCAGCCAGAGAAACGAUGAGUCCGGACAACCCAAACCUUGUGAGUCCCAACAUGGAUUUUGAAGAUGAUCGCCCGAAUGACGAAGCCACAAAGAUACCGGUCCAAGCUAGAGUUGGGGAAAAUGAUAAGACACCUGUUGUUCAAAAUCCACGUCAAGUCGAAGAAAACCCCGAGGAAGACGAAGUCGCACUCCCCAGAGAAAGCAGAAAUCGUCGCCACCCGGAACGAUAUGGAUUACCCUACACGUUUAACAUAACAAAAGAAGAAAACAUACAAGAACCCAAGUCGUAUAAUGAAGCAAUUCGUUAA